AAUUACCUUAAUCUUUUCAAGUAAUAAUUUUAAAAGCCAAGGAAGUUGUCAUGUCUCAUCGCUCGCGUCCAAAAUAGUGUUUUUGUGGACUGACUCAAAAGGUGGUACAAAUUAGAGUGAACAGAGUGCCACUACAUUUAGUCAAAAGACUAGCUAAGCAAACCUGCUUGUAAAAAAGGACUGAGAGCUCACCCAAAGAAGCUGAUGCUGAAACUGGAAAUAUUUUGCAGUUUUCUCAGAGACAAGAAGUCAAGAUGUUGAUCUGCUUUCUGACCCUGGUGGCUCUUAUACCCACGUCCUCAAGCAUCAACCCCGGAGUAAAGGUCAGGCUGACAGAAAAAGGCCUUGAGUAUGGCAGGGUACUGGGCAUGGCUGCCUUACAGCAGAAACUCAAAUCCAUCAAAAUCCCUGAUUUUUCUGGGAAAACGAGGGUGUCUCCCAUUGGCAAGGUCGAGUACAGCUUCUCAAAUAUUCAAAUAGUGAAUGUGGGAUUACCGCAGUCUUCAGUGACUCUUGUGCCAGGAACCGGAGUUGGAAUGAGGAUCACUAAUGCCGUCAUCAAUCUGAAUGGAAACUGGAGGGUCAAGUUCCUUCGAUGGAUAAGGAAGAGUGGCUCUUUUUCUUUGAACGUCAAUGGGCUUACAAUCAGCACAAGCACUGGAAUCAAGAGUGAUGCGAUGGGCCGACCGGAGGUCAGUAGCGUCAACUGUGCUGCCAGUGUUGGCAGCGCCAGAGUCAAGUUCCAUGGUGGAGACAGCUGGCUGUACAAUCUCUUUAGCCAAUCCAUUGACAAGGCUUUGCGUAAAGAAAUGGAGAAAAAGAUAUGCCCUCUGGUCUCCAAAGCAGUAUCUGAUUUAAAUCCUGAGCUGAAAACUCUCAACGUUGUUGCCAAGGUUGACAAGCAUGCAGAAAUUGAAUAUUCCCUAGUGUCUUCACCAACCAUUUCAAAACCUGCGAUAGAGCUCAACUUAAAGGGUGAAUUCUACAACAUUGGGAAUCACCAGGAGCCUCCGUUCACAGCAGCAGCCUUUUCCCUGCCACAACAGAACAACAAGAUGUUGUACAUUGGCAUUUCUGCCUUCACCGCCAACUCUGCAGCAUUCGUGUACAACAGAGCUGGCCUCCUCACCCUCUACAUCACAGACGACAUGAUCCCAAAGAGCUCUCCUGUACGACUCAGCACGAGAACAUUUGGAGUCUUCAUCCCAGAGAUUGCCAAGCGAUUCCCGGGUCUGAUGAUGAAGCUGCUCGUUAAGGCAGAGAAGAAUCCCAUCACCACUUUUGAACCCAACAACAUGACGAUUCAGGCCACCGCCGCUGUGACGGCCUACGCCAUCCAACCCAACGGCACACUUUCCCCUCUUUUUGUGCUACAUUUGGACACCAGCGUGACAGCCAACAUGGUCGUCAGUGGAAUGAAACUUGUUGGGAAGGUCGGCCUGAACAAAAUGAGUGUCACCCUGGGCACAAGCUACGUGGGCCAGUUUCAGGUCAGAUUACUCGACAACAUCCUCCAGCUGCUCAUGAAGACGGUAGUGAUACCCAUAGUAAAUGUUCAACUUGCUAAGGGUUACCCACUUCCUGCACUUGGAAAGAUGAGUCUCCAGAACACUCAGCUUCAAGUCCUGAAGGACUUCAUGAUGAUCGGGACGGAUGUUCAGUUUAAAAUCUGAACUGGACUCGUACGACCAAAAGAGACUUCAGAGCGAUCGAUUAUCAGUUACCUUCUGGACAUCAUGUCAGAGAUUUUUCAUUUUGCUUUCUUUGUAAUGUCUUGCUUUGCCAGCCUUUUAUGUUUAUACACGACUUGUGGAUAUGAUGCCAGUUACUCUCGUUCUGUCGUAAAAGUUGACGUUUUAUGGGAUGAGGUUAGCAGAAGGGUUUGUCUAAAGCAGAUCGCAGACCUUUAGUCUGCUGACUGGUUAAAUCCUCUCAAAAUGUCUGACUUUAUGGAGUGACGCGACAAUUUGCAGACUCCAAAAGAAUCCAAAAAUAUGAAAUUACAUCAAUCAAACAUCGUAAUCUUUGAAGAAAAAAAAAAGAGCAGCCAAGCUUAUAUUUCUUUAAUAAAUUCUAGACUUUUAGGUCUUCCAGACAGGAUUUGAGUAACUCCUGUAGCAACAUACACACAGAAAUCUGCCAUUUGGUGUCACUGGAGGCCGUCUGAGGGCCUGCGUCCAUCACGCCGGCUCCUGGAGGUUCCAUGGGACAUCACCGAUCCUCUCAGCGUGCUGUGACCUAGGGCUCGACCUCUCAAACUCUGCGAGUUCGCUGACAGGAUCUAGACCAGUAACACAACACAUCAACAAACGACUUACUAAAUGUUGCUGAGCAGCGUCGCACCUCAGUUUCUGCUAAAACUGUUCAAAUGAAAUCAAACCGCUGAAAGAAAACCUUUCCUCGCUGUCGCUGACUCUGAUGCUCUGAGGAUUCAACACUGCUGGACAUGUUUGACCUGAUUUAAAUAAAGGUUUGAUGUCUUAAAA